GCUGCGCUCCACGCGUGGUAUAUCCUCCAGACUGCGUGGGUUAAUGUGGGUGCAGUAGACGAGUUUCGUAUAAAACCCCUGAUUCCGGAGUCUCAUAUUACGCGCGUUCGCCUCCCUCUGUAGUUGUUUGUUACUACGGCUCCUUCCACCUACUCUGUGUUUUUCUUCAGUAGUAUUUCUUAGGAAAGCUACCGUCACUAAAGAAAUCUGUUCUAUGGUUUUGGCUGAAGAAGAUCCCACGAUGUCUCGGACUGACGAGGUGCACCGUAUAACGGAGAAUGUCUAUAAGUCCAUCAUGGAGCAGUUCAACCCAUGCUUGCGGAACUUUGUGGCCAUGGGGAAGAGCUACGAGAAGGCCCUAUCCAGUGUCACAUUUGCUGCAAAGGGCUACUUCGAGGCACUGGUGAGGAUGGGAGAGAUGGCCAGCGAAAGUCAAGGCUCUAAGGAUCUUGGGGACGUACUCUUUCAGAUGGCUGAGGUCCACAGACAGAUCCAGAUGCAGCUUGAAGAUAUGCUGAAGUCUUUCCACAAUGAGCUUCUGACAGAGCUGGAGAAGAAGGUGGAGCUGGAUGCACGCUACCUAAAUGCUGCUCUGAAGAAGUACCAGAUGGAGCACAAGAGUAAAGGAGAGAGUCUGGAGAAGUGUCAGGAUGAACUGAAGAAGCUACGCAGGAAGAGCCAGGGCAGCAAGAACACCUCUAAGUACGGAGACAAGGAGAUGCAGUAUGUUGAGACCAUCAGCAGCAAGCAGAGUGACCUGGACCAGUACACAGCAGAGGGCUACAAGAAUGCACUGUCAGAGGAGAGGAGGAGGUACUGUUUCCUGGUGGAUAGACAGUGUGCCGUGGCCAAGAACAGCAGCUCCUACCACAGCAAAGGUAAGGACCUUCUAGCCCAAAAGAUCCCAGCAUGGCAGCAGGCGUGUGCUGAUCCUACCAAGCUGCCUGACCGAGCUAUGCUCCUGGCUCAGCAGAUGACCUCUACAGGGGGUACCCUGGCGUCCGGCUCCCACACUCACCACGGCUCCAAGGGCAACCUGCUCAUCUCUGACCCAAUCCCCGGGGCCAAGCCUCUGCCUGUACCCCCCGAGCUGGCUGCACUAAUGGCCCAACAGCGUCUAAUGGGACCAGGAGGAGUGGACGGAGGGAUGCCCAUAAUGAACGGAACGGCAGGGGCGCAUGGAGGAGCAGGAGGGGGAGGAGGGGAGGACUACCAACACUGGAUGGAGGGGAAGAUGGCCCAAGCCCAGGCUCAGGCCCUACAGGCUCAGGCCCUACAGUCCCAGGUGGCUAAGGCCUCCUCCCAGCACCACUCCCAGCCCCACAGACAGGGCAGCGAGGUCUACUCCAACACCCUACCCGUACGCAAGAACGCCCCCGCCAAGAGCAACACUACCAUGGGUCCAGAGACCCGAACCCUUCCCCGGUCUAGCUCUAUGGCAGCAGGGCUGGAGAGGAACGGUCGUACCCGUGUCCAGGCCAUUUUCUCCCAUGCGGCUGGGGACAACAGCACCCUGCUCAGCUUCUCUGAAGGAGACGUCAUCACCCUGCUGGUGCCUGAGGCCCGUGAUGGAUGGCACUAUGGAGAGAACGAGAAGAACAAGAUGCGGGGCUGGUUCCCUUUCUCUUACACACGUGUCAUCCCCGAGACUGAAAGCGACAAACUACGAGUCAACAAUCUCCACCAUGGUAAGAGCAGCAGCACAGGCAACCUGUUGGAGAAAGAGGACAUGGCAAGUGCCCCUCCCCCUGACUACGGUAUGUCAUCUCGCCUGCUGGCACAGAGCGCUGCGAUGGCACACAGCAGACAACAGCGCCCAUACAGCAUGACAGGGCCAAGCUUCUCACAGCAAGGACUUGAAGAGUAUGAGCAACGUUUUUCAACAAGUGUCCCUCUGCCUCAGGAGGAACCAGCCCAGGCCACUGAGGACCAACCCAGGCCUCUCAUCUCUGUCGAUGACCAGUCUCCUCCUCCAAUCCUCUAUUAGCUCAAUGCUCUACUUCCUAUUAUCCUUGCCUCUGAUUGGUUGCUGUGAGCACAGAUACAUUUAGCCAGUCAAUUGGAAGAAGAACCCUGAUUUUGUUUGACAAAUCCAAGCACACACAGGACUAAUAUUUCACAAGUAGUGUAGACUAUGUGCUGCACAAGUUUUAGCACAGACUGAACUAUCCAUAGCAUUCAAGCACACCUAGCCUUGGACUGCCUCUUCAAUACAAUUAAAGCAUUUGAAAACAGUAAUAAACUGUAUGCAGUAAAUUAUAACUGAAUCUGUUACUUGUUAAUAAUGUAUGCAUAUGCUUAAGAAAAUGUAAUUGUUUGAUCUAUCUUAUUGUGGGUGUCUAGUUCUAUGAUCUAGUCGUAUUUUACUUCUUGCUAUUAGCGAUUUGUAAGAUUUGGAGGAAUUUCUUUGAAUUUGUUUGUGUGAGCAAUACAUUUGUCACAAAGUAAACUAUGUUAUACAGUAUAUGUUAAAGGGCCUGUAUCAGGGAGAAUAUAAAGAGCACAGGGCAUGGCGGCUUGUAGAAGCACAUUUCUACAUGAGUCUGAGCCGCACACUAGAUUAGGAGACGGAGAAAGAAAAGGUCAAUGUACACAAUAUUGUAAGUUAUAGCAUUCAAAUGCUUUUCACUGUUAUUCGCAUAUUUUAAAUGACAGGAAAACAAUAAUAUUAAGCAUUCAUGCAUAUAUCAACUGUAUAGUAUGACAUUAAUACAUAACAAUACAAAGGAGUUGUUGUAUUUCGUACUAUUUUAUAAAUGUAUUUGCUUCUCAUCCCGUUUCAUUUGUCUGUAAAUUUAUCGGAAAAAAAACACAAUUUACUAGAGAAAAUAAAGUGAUAUUGCAGAGUAUAUUCCAGAUAUUACCUGUGCGUUUACUGUGUUUAUAAGAAACUCUUGAAAAGCACGUCUCCUUUUAUACUCUUUUUUUUAAGUGAGCAUUAUGAGUUGGCUGGAGAGCACAAACACAUUUGGGACCAGGCUAUGUAAUACAUGUAGGGUCCUGUGUGGCUCAGUCGGUAGAGCAUGGCGCUUGGAACGCCAAGCGUCGUGGGUUCGAUUCCUGCUGGGACCACCCAUAUGUAAAAGUAGUGGCCCCAGCCGACUUGUAAGUCGCUUUGGACAAAAGCGUCUGCUAAAUGGGAUAUAUUUAUAUACAUGAGACCCACAUCCUUGUGUAAAACAGACUUUAUUUAUAUUUCAUAAUAAGGUACAGAAAGUAACCAUGUGACCAGUAAGUGAGUGUGGGUGGGGCACAUUUACUGACAGCAUGCCUAAACUAGUCCUGCUCGUUUAAAUCACAACCAGCGCAUUACCAAAUGUUGCUCCUUAUCACAAUACCCCCUUUGUCUCACUAGCCUGGGUACCAGUUGGUUUGUGUCAUCAUUACAGUGGCAUGAUGACACAAACAGACUGGUACUCAGGCUAUCAUCUUGCUAUACAGAUGUAGGAUCUUAAUUUGAUCACCCUGUUGCAAGAGAACUUUCCUACAAUGCAGGGCAUUUCAACAUUGUAGAGUAUUUGAUGUUUAAAAAGCCUUUGGAAAUUUGUAAUUUCCUCUUUGAAAAUUGUAUCAAGCCCUACAAAAAUGUCCAUGAAUUAUAACCCACAAAAUUCACAUUUCCUGUUGCUGCAGAAUUAUUUUCCUGCUGUAGCAAACUGUCUCAAAUUAAGAUCCUACAUCUGUAGGGUUAAAACAUUAUAGAUCAAAUAUAUAUUCCUGUUCCUGUUUGCCUCAUGACUUCAUUAAAUAUAUCUCUUUGGCAACAAUAAAACAAAGACAUCUCCUUUUAUCUCCCACUUCCAAGUCAUUUCUUGAUAUGUUCUUUCUUUUUUUGAGAUAUAAAAAUAGUACAUACACAGACGGCGGUCUAGAUAGAUCUAUAGACACUAUACUAGUGAACAAUAUUAAAGCUCUAGAAAGGCAAACAAACAGAACAAAACACACUGACUGCUGGAGACUAGAGUGGAUCUGAGAACCAUAGAAAUAGAACCUACUGUAUGUAAUUCUAUAUCUAUGUGUUGAACUAAAUUGGCACCCUGGUUCUUUGAAGCUAAAGCCUACAGUGAUAUUAGCCUGGUCCCAGAUCUGUUUG